GCACUGCUCGGUCAGCUGAGUGAUUGUCACGGGAUUGCAACCAACUCCCGUUUCCUGGAGGAAAGCGAAUAUAUGGACCGAGCGUUACGAGUCAGACGUAUCCUUGGCGGGAGAGGUGCUGUUCUGGAAGGUCCCAGGCAACGGUGGGAUCAGAAGCCCACAGAGGACAUGGAGAAGGAACGGGAGGCACUGCAGGUCUGGAAGGAACGAGUGGGACAGGAGCUCGACACUGUGGUCGCUUUCUGGCUACAGCACUCCCAUGACGAGGAACACGGGGGCUUCUUCACAUGUCUUGGCCGCAAUGGGCAGGUCUAUGAUCACCUCAAAUAUGUCUGGCUACAGGGGAGGCAGGUAUGGAUGUAUUGUCGCUUGUACCGCCUUUUUGAGCGCUUCCACCGUGCUGAGCUUCUGGAUGCAGCAAAAGCAGGUGGUGAGUUUUUGCUGCAUUAUGCCCGGGUGGCACCGCCUGGCAAGAAAUGUGCCUUUGUGUUGACUCGGGAUGGCCGUCCAGUCAAGGUGCAGCGGACCAUUUUCAGCGAGUGUUUUUACACCAUGGCCAUGAAUGAGCUUUGGAAAGUAACAGGGGAAACACGUUAUCAGAAUGAAGCUGUGGAGAUGAUGGACCAGAUCAUCCACUGGGUGCGGGUGGACCCCACUGGGCUAGGCCGGCCUCAGCUCUCGGGGACCCCAGCCACAGAGCCCAUGGCGGUGCCUAUGAUGCUGCUCAGCCUGGUGGAGCAGCUUGGGGAGGAAGAUGAGGCACUGACCAGCAAGUACGCAGAACUAGGGGACUGGUGUGCCCACAGGAUUCUGCAGCACAUCCAGAGGGAUGGAAAAGCUGUGUUAGAGAAUAUAUCAGAGGAUGGUAAAGAACUCCCUGGUUGCCUUGGAAGACAUCAGAACCCAGGCCAUGCAAUAGAAGCUGGCUGGUUCCUGCUCCAGUAUGCCCACAGAAAAGGUGAUGCCAAACUUCAAAUGCACAUCAUUGACAAGUUUCUCUUGUUGCCUUUCCACUCUGGAUGGGACCCUGAGCACGGAGGACUCUUCUACUUCCAGGAUGUUGAUGGGCUCUGCCCCACCCAGCUAGAAUGGGACAUGAAGCUUUGGUGGCCACACAGUGAAGCCAUGAUUGCCUUCCUCAUGGCUUUCAGUGACACUGGGGACCCUGCCUUGCUUCAAAUCUUCAACCAGGUUGCUGAGUACACCUUCAGCCAUGCCUUGGGUGGCUGGAACUAGAAGAUCACAGCAAAGAAGAGCUCAGUCUGAUCUACAUAGUAAGUUUAAGACCAACCAGCUACAUUUGGAAAUCUUGCCUCAAACAAACAUAACAACAGCUGAAGAUGACCUUGUACUUCUGUCCUUCCUGCCUCCACCUUGACUCCUGAAUGCUGAGAUAGAGAUGGGUGUACUACAUCUGACUGGUUUGUACUAACUGUAACUGAAAUCCAGCAUGGUUUUAUUGUGCUCAGCGCUAAUUCCAAACACGAGCCAUUACGUUGUAUCUCUGCCUGAAUACUGAAUAUAUAUGUUAAGGGAGUGAAGUAGAAGUCAUCGAUCUUUUUUUUUUUUCUUUUUUGGUUUUUCAAGAUAGGGUUUCUCUGUAUAACAUUGCUGGCUGUCCUGGAACUCGCUUUGUAGACCAGGCUGGCCUUGAACUCACAGAGAUCCACCUGCCUCUGCCUCCCAAGUGCUGGGAUCAAAGGUGUGCACCACCACUGCCCAGCUAAAGCCACCAAUCUUAACCAGAAAAUGAAGUAAGAAUGAACUUGAACAAGGUGGAGAUAACAUUAAACAAUUCCAAGAGCCCAUUGUGGUGUGCAUCCUUGUAAUCUUAGCAGUUGGGAGGCCAAGUCAGGAGGUCUGUGAAGUCAAACCCUUCCUGGGCUACUGUCUCAAACGAGAACAAAAAAAAAAAAUGAAUUGCAAAAUUUAUAAUCAACACGGAGCGCUGGGUGGUGGUGGCACACGCCUUUAAUCCCAGCAUUUGGGAAGCAGAGGCAGGUGGAUCUCUGUGAGUCUGAGGAACUGCCAAGGCUACACAGAUACUGUCUCAAAAAAAAAAAAACUAGAAAUGAAAGGGCAUGGACCAGUUAUGGUCCUGCGUGCCUUUAGUUCCAGCAAUGGGGGGGCAGAGGCAAGAAGACUUCAGUUGGAUUCCAGGCCAACCUGAGCCACAUAGAAAGUUCCAGGACAGUCAGGAAUACAAGGUGAGACUCCUUCUCAAAAAUAAAUACAUAACAAGGACAAGACUAGUCAAAAGCUACAAAGAUUAGAUACAGGGCUGCUUAUACCUCCAUUGAAUACACUACCACCACUCUUUCUGAGACAGACUGUACUGCCUUGAACUUGAAGCAUUUCUGCCUCAGCCUCCUGUGUCCUGGGAUUAUAGACAUGAACACAGCUUAAAAUCCACAACUCAUAUGUCACAAUUUAAAGGAGAAUUUUGAUAGUAAACUUGAAUGCCUUCUAAGUAGGGGUUCUACUUAACUAUUUUAUCAGUGAGAACUAAAUGGGAAGGGCUUAGGAUAAGGACCUGGGCUACAUUUUGGGAACUGAAAAGCCUCAGUGAGACAGGUACAAUGUGUCUCUCCAGCCAGCUCAGCUACUAUCCCCCAUAUCUGAAGCAUCAGAAGUGAGAAAUAUGUUCAGAACCCAUGGUGAAGGUAGGCAGAUGACCAGGUUGGCCUGAAACUUACAGCAAUGUGUCAGCCUCCUGACCGGUGGGAGUAAAGGCAUCACACAGGGUUAGAAGGAAGUCUGAGAGCCUGCUAUAAAAACCUCAGUAUGUGAUGGACAGGAGUUAUGUGUCUCUGCUUGAUAAUCUAAAGGUUUUUUAGACCAAAGGCCUGUAAAGUAGAGGACAUGAACUCCAGGGAAGUCACUUGUUGCAAACUUUGCUGGCAGGAUUCUUUGUUUCUUUCUCUCCCUUUCUCUUUUAACUUAGAUGAGGUAAAAAUGUGCCUGUUUUUUGGACUCCAAACACACAACGCCUGUUCUCCCAGCGUUUUAGCACACCGCCUGCAGCCCCUUAUCCCACUGGGUUACACAAGCUGGGAAGUCCUACUGCCUACCAUCCUCAGCUUUCUUCUGAGAUCAUGCUGUCUGAACUCGGCUGGUAGCAGUGCAAAGGGGCAGCAAGGGCCCCUUCCUCAGCCAGUGAUAUUCGGGUGGGCCCUGCCAGACACUAGCUGUCAUUGUCUCCUUCCU